AUGCUGAUUGAAAUCACCAAAGGAAGUCUGCCUUGGCGACUUGUCACCGAUCGUAUGCAGGUAUUUGCGGCCAAAACGGCAGCACGUGAAGGAGAAGGCCGAGUGCAUUUCCUCAGUGACACACCACCUCAGUACAAUAUGCUACUCACAUGGAUUGAUGCUAUGGUUUUUGAGGACACCCCUCCAUACUCCAAAUUUUACAGUCUACUCGAUGGACUUCGUGAAGAGAAAAAGAUUCGUAUGCACGAGCAUUGGGAUUGGGAAGAUGGAACUUCGCCUGUAACAAGCGUAUCCGAUUCUCAUAAGAAGUAG